AUGGAUGUUAUUUACAUGUUCGACAACUCCAGCAGUAGUUUUAAAACUUCUGACGUCAGCGAUUCACACGUCACUUCCGUUCAUGUAAACAACAUCGUGAUUAGCUCCCCUGGUUCACAAACAGCAGACGACUUGCAGACGGUGGACGACAUCGACGCGAUAGUUUUCAACGUGCUCGACAUUUUCUUUAACUGUUUCCUCAUCCACGUCCUGAGCCUGCUGGGGGUUGUGGCCAACGUCUUGAACAUUGUUGUCCUGUCGCGUCAUGGCAUGCAGGAGUCCACUAACAUUCUGCUCAUGUCGUUAUCGGUCAGUGACCUCUGUUCGUCUUUUGUCCAACCCUUCCGUAGGCUCAAGUGUUUAGUUUCUCAGUUCGACGUCCCGAGUUCGAUUACAAUCCGGGCAUUCACGUUUGUCUACAUUUACCCGAUCACCGAUUUUUUCGAAGCCAUCAGCAUUUGUCAUGUAACUGCUAUCUCCAUCGAAAGGUUUGUAGCCGUCUGCUUCCCCCUGAGGGUGUCUCGUGUCUUUACACCGUCCCGCGUCUGCUGGCUGGUCGUGUGCCUGUACGGCUACACCCUUGGGAUGUACCUGCCCAUUGUAUUCCGUCUGACCUACGCAGAAACCUAUGACGUCACAUUCAACGUCACGGUCGGUCUUGUCGCGAUCAGUCAAUUUUAUCAGGAGAAUUACGGACCGCUGAACAUCUACAGCAACUUUUACCUCAACAACGCUUUCACGACCCUGACCUUGUUGAUCAUUCUCUUCUGCUCUGUCGUCAUCACCGUUCAACUCACCAGCAGAAGAACUAAACUACUCAAAGUCAACUCAGAGCAGACGUCUAGCAACAAGCGCGCGCAAGAACGUAAGGUGGCCAAGAUGUUGCUGACCGUGUGCCUGGUGACGCUGUCGGCCUACCUACCAACAGCUGUCAUCUACAUGUGUCUGCUCUACGCCAACAUCACAGUGCUGUCCUCUGACAACUUGUAUUUCCUGCUGGAGACUAUCAUCGGAAACUUGUACCAAUUCGUGGCUUCCGUCAACUUUCUCAUCUACGUCACAAUGAGCUCAAAAUUUGCCAGAACGUACACACAAUUGUUUUCUUGA